CACUAUCUUGAAUCUUGAAUUAUCAUUUUUCUUGGUUUUCUAAAUUGUGAAAUAAUGGCAGUUUCAGCUACUAGUCUUAUUACUCCCUUCAAAACUUCAUCAUAUUCUUUUUCUUCUGUUUCCUCUGUUUCAAAUCUUGUUUUCCCUAGGAGACAGUUCAAACUUUGUGCAACCGCUGAUGUGUCAUCACUUACUGGUGUGGUGUUUGAGCCAUUUGAUGAAGUUAAGAAAGAUGAAUUUAUGGUUCCUAUGUCAAUACAAACAUCACUUGCUCGUCAGAGGUUUGCAGACGAAUGUGAAGCUGCUAUCAAUGAGCAGAUCAAUGUGGAGUACAACGUUUCUUAUGUGUACCACUCCAUGUUCGCCUACUUUGACAGGGACUACGUAGCACUAAAAGGCCUCGCAAAAUUCUUCAAGGAGUCAAGUGAAGAAGAAAAGGAACAUGCUGAGAAAUUGAUGCAUUAUCAGAACAUCCGAGGAGGAAAAGUUAAGCUACACUCUAUUAUAAUGCCUCCCUCCGAAUUUGAUCAUGUUGAUAAGGGAGACGCGUUAUAUGCAAUGGAACUGGCAUUGUCCUUGGAGAAGUUAACAAAUGAGAAACUUCUGACCCUGCAUAGCGUGGCUGAUCGGAACAAUGACUCCGAAAUGCAAGAUUUUGUUGAACGAGAAUUUUUGGCCGAGCAGGUUGAGGCUAUAAAGAAAAUUGCAGACUAUGUAACUCAGCUAAGGAGGGUUGGAAAAGGACAUGGGGUGUGGCACUUUGAUCAGAUGCUUUUACAUUAAUAUAAUGGUGCAGCUUGAAGGUCCCCCAGUUCAGUCUCCUUUAUCUUAAGAUUAUUAGGCUCUACUAUGUUGUUGUCCAAUAAUGUAAUAUAUAUUUAUGUUACUUCAAAUUCAAGUCAUGUAAAGGCUUGAUCCUAGAAGAAUAAUAUCGCGGCUUGCUUUCAAGAAAUAAAAGAAGUUUCAUGAGGAAUUAAA